AUGACAGGCAGAAAAUAUUUAGUAGUAGGAAUUGGUGGGGCGACUAACAGUGGAAAAUCAUCUGUGAGCUCAAAGUUGUGUAAAUUGUUACCUCAUGCAGAAUGGAUGCGUCAAGAUGAUUAUUUUUUGGCUCCAGAUGAUCCAAAUGUGGAAACUCUAAACGGAUAUCAGAAUUGGGACACGCUUAGUGCAUUAGAGAUGGACAGGAUGGUUAGUGAUGUUGAAGAGUGGAUCUUACGACAACAGAAUAAUGUAGAGCCAGCAGUUCUUAUUGUUGAAGGAUUUCUCAUAUUAAACCACAGGAAGCUGGCUGCCUUAUUAGAGAAACAGUUUUUCUUUACAAUUACCAAAGAAGUUUGUGAAGAGCGAAGAAAACACAGAACAUACAAUCCCCCGGAUACACCAGGCUACUUUGACAAUAUUGUUUGGCCGUCUUAUUUGAAGCAUCUUGAUGACUUAAAGAGCCAGGCGGAUAUUGAAUAUAUUGAUGGUUGUGCAGAUCUGGCCACUAUUACCCAAGUGGUUUUUGAGAAAAUUGAGGCUGUACUACACAGGUAG